AUGCAAGACCGCUCCUGCUACAAACUGACACAGGAGGGCGAGCGAUUGUUUCGUAUGCAAAAAUAUGAGCAAGGUACAAAACAAGUGAAGUAACAGUGCGAACUGACGUGUUUUCAGGCAUCGACCUCUUGAAAAAGGCGUUGGAAGUAGGAACUGAUGAUUUCUCGUUGCUAUCCGCAAUUUACUGUCAACUCGGAAACGCGCACACCAUGCUCAAGGAGUAUGAAGAGGCGCUCAAAUUCCACACGUACGACAUUUUGGUGGAGAGGUGAGAGGAAAUGGAAUAUGCAGGAAAAUAUCACGGAUAAUUUUAGACUUCUCGGAAACAAGGAAGGAGAGGCGAAGUCGUGUGCCAAUCUCGGAAACAUCUUCAAAAUGAAGGGAGCGUACAACGACGCGCUAACUUUUACCUUCAAACAACUCGAUUUUGCUGAAGAGCUCGGAGAUAGAGUGAGUCGUCUCGUUGCCAUGAAAACGGUCGCCCAGUAUAGAAUUAGGGACGAGAAAGAGAAGGUUACAGCGGAGAGAGGGUGGUGCAUCAGUCAUUCACAAUAUUCUUUCUGACAAAGACGGAACAUAUUUAUUUCAGGUGCUCAAGUCUCGUGCCUAUUACAACAUUGCCACGAUCUAUGUGGAGCGUGGAAGAUGCACGAAACUUGAAGCUGCCGAAGAGAAGAGCGAGGAGAAGGAUGCGGAUGCGACGUCGGAUUUCGAGAAUGCCGCCAAGUACUUCAUGUUAGUUUUAGGAAUUCUCUUUAGUUUGUGUGCACUUUUCACUUCAGGCUCAAUCUGGAAAUAGCCGAGAAGGCGGAAGACGCGCUGACGAUGGGCCGGUGCUACGGAAGUUUAGGCAACACUUAUUAUUGUCUCGGUGAUUACGACCAAUCUAUUCACUUUCAUAAGCUUGUGAGUUUGAAUUUCGAAGUUCCGAUGUCCUUUCGUUGACGCGCGUUGCGGAUGUGACGUCGCGUGGUUCUUACCGGAAAUCUCGUUUCGAAUCGCCUCUCUCGGUUCAAACUUUUGACCUCUUCUUCUUCUUCUCCUAUUUUUGUCAAAAGAACCUUUACACGACACGUGUCUUGAAAACAAUACUUGUCUCAAAUGACAUUCCGGAGAGACAUCACGUGUUAUUUGUUCGUGUCAGGUGCAAUCGAGACAAGGUCUCAUGUUUGCUUGGUCCGGAAGAGAAUAAUGACUAAACCUGAAUAAUUUAACAAAACUGUGCCUGCCUUAUCGCAUUUCCCAUGAAAACAAAAAAAAACAAAAAGCUUGUGUGUUUGGCUCCCUCUGUUUUCUUUUCCUCCCAAUCCUCAUAAAUUCGCAAAGCCAUGAAAGAAAAGGGAAGGAAAAGGAAAAUGACAAUGCUUUUUUCCGAGUAAUCAAAUUUGACCAAUACAAAACCAAGAGAAACUGGUCGAAAGAACACGCGAGACACAUUUUUUAGGGUUCCGAAACCUCCUACUUUUUUGCGCAUCAUUGUGUUCGUGGGCAUCCACUUCUCUUACUCGUUCCGGAUUCAAUUUUCUUUUUUUGUUUAAUCCACCCGACAAAUCUCCGCGGGAACCUUUCACGUCAGUGGAUAGAAAAAAGAAAAAGAAGAGAAGGACCUAAGCCUCCUCGCCGCUCGCUUGAAUACAUGGAACUCUGAAUCAUCGGAACUCGCUUUUCAGAGACUCGAAUUAUCACAACAAUACGGAGACAGAUCGUCAAUGCGUCGUGCUCACGCAAACAUCGCCAAUUGUCACGCGUUGAAGGCGAAUAUGCCAAUGGCAGUUCAGCAUUAUAAGUAAGUUGUCGGAGCCAUCAACGAACACGUCAUGAGCAACUUUAUUCAGAUUGGCUUACAAUCUGGCAUCCGAGAUAGGCAACAAAACGGAAGAGGCUCAAAUGGCUUAUUCUUUGGCCAACGCACUCUACAUCGCUAAGGAGGUUCAGAAAGGUACGUGGGGGUCACGCAGUAUUGGGCGUGGUCGGGUUGCACGGGGUCUUGUGCAAAAACGACAAACGCAGGUAAUAGGGAUUGAAUUUCAUCGUUUCAAUGGGGGGUUGGCCCCUCUAGUAGAGUCGUUUUUUCGGGGCUCCAUGACGUUCUUCUCGUUUCGAGAGAAGUGCGUUUCAACUGCCCCAUCUCUUAAAGUCGAAAAUAGACUUGCAACUAACUCAUCGCUCCUUCGUCUUCGACAAACAGCUGGUCAACUGAACAUUUGACAUCUUAUGUGAUGAUUUUGCUCUUCCUUCUCUUCCUCCUUUUUCUUCUUUUUUCUUCUCACGCAUCAUUUGAUAAAUAAGCUACGACAGAAACUCUUCCGUCGUAAAUGCGAGGAAACGUGUCAUCGUGUGGAACCCUUCCAAUGCUUCCUGAUUGCAUAUAAGUUGUUGGGGCGGCCGCCGAGCCAGAACAGAAGCUUAUACUCAGUCUUGGUGAACUUGAUGUUUUUCAAGCAUCGCCGCUCCGCCCUUGUGCUUAACAUCAACGAUUAACUUUCCAGAAUUUCGAGCCGUCUUAUUUUUGAUUUGCUUUUUGGUUCUUUUUCUGGUUCUAACGCCAAAAGACAACAACUCGAAUUGUUAGCCAUUCGCGCUCGUUCCAUAUUUUAUUUCGCAACCAAUAGCCAUCAAGAAUUUUUUCUCUGCUCUGUUUUCUUAUGGAUUUCCAGUACCCAUUCGCAGAAACCAAUGCAAACAAUUCCCCAUGAAAGAAAUGUGAAUUUCGCGUCACUUUUUGUUUUUGUCACCCAAUUUUUUGUGUGCACUCACUCACUUCUUCUUGUUGUUUGCGAAUUUACUCGCCAUUAGAGUCGUUUUGUGAAAACGAAUUGUGAGGGGUGAGAAGUGAGUGACUCGAAGUAAGUAACAACUGUCUAAUGAAAACAUCCGAAGAAAUUGGUUGAAUUCUAUGUUCCAUCCACACGUCAUUGAGUGAGAAGAAAGCAAAUAAUCGUCAUUCUCACUCAGUCGCGAUUCCCUUGCGUCUUCUUCUAAAAGAUUCCCUUUCUUCAACCAAAUCUCGUUCUCAAAUAACGAUGAUGCAUCACAAAUUCUCAAUUGUUCAUUUCCAGCGAUCACCUACUUCCAACGUCAUCUGAAAAUUGCGCGCACUCUGGAGGACACUUCCGGCCAAUUGCGUUCCUAUUACUCAUUGGCGCUCUCAUUCAACAAUCUUCGCGACCGUCGCAAGGCUCUGUAUUUUCUCGUACUAGCCAAACGGAUCUCUCUUCAGGUUUGUGAAAGUUCUCUUGUUUUCCCUUCCGCGAUUCGCGCAAAGCACUUGAGCGUGUGGGAAAGCUUGUGAAACGAGGCACGUUUUUCUUUGAACUCAUGCAACUUUUAUACACUGUUCUCUCGUUUCCUCCCCAGGCACGUCCGCUUGUCAAAUUUGCAAGUGGCACUUCCCUUGAGUGACUCAACCUAAGCGGAACAAGAGCGCGCAGAAGAGAAACCCAUUUCCUUCUUAAUUCUGAAAUCGGUUUGAGUGGAGUGAUGAGAGGGAAGGCUGCAUUGACAAUUGGAAAAACACGUCUGGAAGGUGGUAAUUGAGUUGGCUUAACUUUCAUACUUCUCCUAAUUAGUUUUUGAAUCGACUCAGUGAGGGCGGCCGCGACGAAAGAUUGACGGGGGAGGGAUCACAUGAGAAUCUUGAGAUCAUGAAAAUAGAGAGAGAGAGAGAGAGAGAGAAAAAUGUGUUUUCAUUGAAGGUGAACGACACAAGUGCUAUCGGCGACAUUGACAAUUUGCUCGCCGAGAUUCUGGAGGCCGGACAGGACGACGUACUCAUUGACGACAUAGAGGUAGGGUAUGAAGUCCUCGGUCCCACUUCCUUUAUAAUCUGACUCCUUGUACUUACUGGCACAAGAUUUGUACUUAUAGAGACUUAUGUCCACAAUCAAUCGUUUGUCGCUCAGUCUCGUGUCCAUAUUAUUAAAUCGGCUUUGACCACACUAGAAAAUGCCAGCCUUCGUCUUCUUCUGCUCUUAUUUGUUCUUUCAACUGACUCAUUCACCAUUUUCAGCUCAUUAUUGACCAAUCGGCCGAUCCAGCAGGCCCGGAAAUCGAGCACUGCGAGCUUCGACUCACGUACUUCCAGAAAAGAAAUCUGCACGACAGACCAGUCAAUGUAAGGCUUUUCGGUAAAUGCACAAAGAUCUGAUCAUUCUCACCUGCUUUCGAUUACUCAAGACAUGUGGUUCUGGGCUGUAGUCCCUUUCUGCCAUUAGACAUCCCUCCCCAGAGACACUCCUAAUAUCCAUUUAUUUUCCAGACUCCGGAGGAUCCGCUCGCGGAAGACCGAUACGAAAAGGAGGAGUUUUUUGAUAUGCUAGCAAAGUUGCAGUCAAACAGAAUGAACGACCAGCGCGUGGAUGUUUCCCUUUUAAAAUCAAAUCCCGACUUCAGAGUGCGUCAGGUCGACACCGAACCGGAUAACUCGUCGACCGGUGAGUAGUUGUUGGUGUCCUUCGCGCUAAAUCAGCAAUUAUACUCGCUCGGGAGUGGUAAUUAGUGUGUGUUCUCGCGUGAUGCGCUAAAUUCCAGUGUCACUAGAAUUGAAUAUUCAUCAGUUCACAAGAAGAGCUGACAAACUUGUUUCGCGGCUCUUUCUUUCUCAUCCUCAUUUGAAUUCAUCGCGUCCCGUGAUCUAAAGAUGGACUCUCCACCGCGUCCGAAUUCUGCUCCGGCUCAUUCGAGAGCCACCGAUGGUAACAGACGUUUUGUUGACGAGGGGAGAACUGGCUUGUCAGUCUAGAAUUCUGAAUGAUCGUAUUAGCUAUUCAACGAGCCCGGGGGGUCGCGCAUCGGGUUGUUGUUAGAAAGAAAAAGACCCGGCUUAGCGUUGUUGAAAACGGCUUUUUCUCCUCUCCGGAUGGACUGUCGUCAUGGAGAUUCCAUGAAAGCAUGCCAAAGUUGUGCUUGAUGUAUCAUACAAGUCCAUGAAUUGCACGGGGCUAAGCGACUCAGAAGGUGGUUAGGUAUCCCGUUAUAGUAGUACAGAUCCAUCCAACACUACUUUUUCCCCCGCUAGUCUAAUGCAUUCUUUUAGAAGCGAAUGAAAUUAUUUAAAAUUCUAAGAAAGAUGCACGUUUUUUGAUUGACAUGUUGCUGACACGAAACCGGAUAAUUGAAAAGUGUUUCUUUUUUUUAUGAGAGGUCUAACUUGUCUUGUUCCGAGAAGAGCAGCUCGUCUCGUGACCGAUUCUUUUUGUUUCAUCCUUUUUCGUGUGUUAAAUUCAGAACUCGAAAAAUUUAGAGGUUGCGGGAGAGAGAGAGAGAGAGAGCAUGUCUUUGUAGCCGGCAAAAUAGCCUGCGGGCAGUGUGAAGGGAGACGAAGAUGUCGAUGAACUUUAUAGCUUCUCCUCGUCACCCCGUAGAAGUGACUUUUCCUUUUUCCCUGACAUCCUUUACCCUGCAGCCAAUAGUCAAUUUUCCAGAUGGUUCGGAGGUUCUGAUCGAUUUGCUUCUGAACGCUCAAGGACGUAGAAUGGAGGACCAGCGAGCACCUUUCCUGCCAGGACUCAACGAGAACGGACAGAUCAUUCUCCGUCGUCUCAACACGUGAGUCAUUUUGGUGGCUUUCUCUUUCUCUCUCUCUCUCUCUCGCUUCCACUUGAGUCUCGCCUGACACACUUGACAAACGUGCCGAGAAAACGCCUUAAAUUUUCAGCAACCCCGGAAACGAGGAGCUUGACAACCAUUUAGUCGAGUGGCUGAUGCGUGUGCAAAGCCAACGUCUUGACGAGCAACGCAGCGAGCUGCCGCCUCUCAAAACUGCCGGACAGGAAGGUAAGAACGAGAAGACUUGUGAUGUUACACAAACUCAUUCGACGGUUUUGCAGAAGCGGACAAGAAGAAGGAGGAAGAUGUGACCGACAUUGUGCUCCGCAUGCAAGCCGGUCGUAUCGAGGAUCAACGGGCCCAUCUGCCGAGCACUUCGAGCCCCAACGCCAAAAACUAA